AUGAAUGGCGAACCGGGCCGUCGUCAUCUAGCACCACCUGGUUCAUAUCAACGCGAGCAGCGGCUACGGCAGAUAGCGAAGAGCGUAGUCGAGGGACAACUCAGAAUUCGUAGCCACUCUGUGGAUGUCAGCGAUCAGUUUAACAAGGCUCCCAAAAUUUUGGUUACAGCCAAGGAAUUCGUAUCAUCGGCUGUUACUUCAGAGCCUCAUGCCGCAUUAGCGUGGGCUAGAGUGUGCAUCUUCUUGCCGCUUCUUUUAAAUCCAUCAGAGCAGAAUUCCGCUACUCAUAAUAGCCUAAAGGCCAUUCCCCUAGCUGUGCGUAGAUUAGGGGUGAUAAAGAGACUUAUCAGACGAGGAAAUUCAAGCCUAGCUCAGAAUAGCUAUCAGUCUAAUAGCCUAGACCUUGUCAAAGACUUCAAGGAUACGGCUACCGAGCUGUAUAAGACAAUUCUCGAGUUUCAGUCAACUAGUGAGGCAGCAAUUCUGACUAGUCGGAUCAAGAAUCUGCUUAGCGCUAGACAGAAGAGGAGCGCAAGUGUGUACAACUAUUUCGACAAUCAAACUCGUACGAGAAUCAGAAAUACAGAACGCCAAAAAGGGUUUAGAAACGGGGAAUUAGUUCUGGAGAAUGAAAUUUUCUCAAUUGGCGCCAGGAGGAAGGUGCUGAUCUGCUUUAGUUCCCGGUUCGGGCAAAUCCGUUCUAGCAAGACAAUUAUUAAUAAAGGUCUGGCUACCUUAAGUCAUCAGAAAAAGUCUGCGCGCUAUAUCUGCGAUCUUGCACUAACUUUUCUCGGCAUUCCCAUCUCUAGUGACAGUGCUCUUAUAGCUUAUUAUUUGAAUAGGAAGGACUUAGUCUACUUGUUUAACGAGAUAUUUAGUAUCCUCUGCCAAGCAGCUACUAAUACCGCCAUCGAACAAGUUGUGUGUGUACUGGAUAGCCUCGAUAAAUACAGUGAGGAAGAUCGAUUCUCUCUGAUUAAAGCAAUCACUAAAUUAUACCACGAAACCAACAAUGCUUCUAAUCUUGACAAUCAGCCCAAGUUAAAGUUUCUCCUAACUAGCCGUCCGUAUUCACACAUCUAUUCGCAGUUCCACGAUCUCAUGAAGGAGACCCCUACAAUCCACUUAUCAGGAGACCAUGAAUCUAAAAUGAUUAAAGAUGAGAUUGAUCUUGCCAUUAAUAUCAACAUUCCAAAGCUUGCUACUAAAAGAGGCUUCGAUGAAGAGGCAACUGAAUACCUUCUUAAGGAGUUACACACUGUCGACAACAGAACGUAUCUAUAG